AUGCCACCUCCAAAUACCCCAGAGGAAGGGGUGGCAGCGACAACCUUACGGCCAGCUGAUGAUGACAACUUUCGAGCAUCAUCCCCAAGCAGCGCCAUGGCCCAUGCAUCACAAGAAGAUGCAACACCAUUCCAUUCGCCCAUAACCACACCAUGCGGUCACACCUUUUGUGCAGGUUGUAUCAACCGAGCACUGGAGACACAGCCAAGGUGCCCAAUCGAUCGGCAACCGAUCAACAAGACGUGCGACUACGGGCGACUACCCUUAAUUAUCAAGGAGCAGUUGGAUCGCCUCCAAGUCCGAUGCCCAAACAAAGGGUGUGACUACCAGUGCCCCCGUGAGCACCUCGAGGGCCACUAUGAGCGUCGUUGCGAGUACACUCAGGUCCGAUGCCCGGAUUCGACCUGCUCCCGGCUUACCCCACGACGGGACUCGGCGGUGGAAAAUGGGUGCCUCCACAAGGACGCUAUCUGCGAAUUCUGUCAUAAAACGGUAGCCUUCGUGGAAUUGAGCACACACUACAACUUCGAUUGCGAAGGUGCCAUGGCCGAGUGCCCGGAAUGCAAGGAACAGGUUGUGCGCCACUGCCUCGUAAAACAUCGGGCACAAGAUUGUGCGGAGGAGACCACCUCAUGCAAGUGGCAUACUGGGGGCUGCAAGGUGGUCGACAAGCGCCGGAUCGUCCAGGACCAUGAACAAAGUGGAUGCCCUUCUGAGGCCGUGGGUCGUUUGAUACAGCAGCAGGUUGAAGACCGCAAAAUCAUUGACGAGCUGGUCAGACGACUCAAUAAAUUUGAACUUGCCCAGGGCAAGAAUCCCGAGCGGCGGUUCACCCAGCGAGCCCGGGUUGGUAGCUCGAUGGCAAGCUCCUCCCGCAACCCCACAUCCGCCAACGUCCCGGACAUUACUCUCAACAACAACAUGCCUCCCUUGUUCCCAGACUCGACGGACGAUGGCGCAGUGGGAGGAUCGCCAGAGGAUUACCUGCUGGCACAAUUCGAGAGGCUAGAGACCGAAGUGGAGCUCCUCCGGAAGCAGGCUUUGGAGAUGGACGCCCACCGGUCCCACAUCAUUCACCAGCAAGCGACGCACUUUAACGAACACCUCGCAGAAAUUGGCAACAAGGUCGGCGUCGUCAACAUGCACAUGUCCUGGCUCAUGAGCCUGCAGCGUCAGAGCCAUGCGCAACAGCGUGCCGGGUCGACUGCGGGGUCCGCCAACUCUGGGAUGUCUCACGGAAGUGCCACUAGUGGCGCAAGGCCGGGAUCUUCUGGCGAAGGCAGCAGCACGGGGGAGAGCCGGCGAAGUAGUGAGGGGAGGUCGGAGACUCUCCACCGGUUGUGA